AUGAAUAGAGUUCACCAGAUUAUCAUUAUCUUUAAGAAUCACGAUAUGAGAGCGAGAUACAAGAUCAGGGUUCCAUCAAUCCCGGAAACUCGCUGGCUCUACAUAUAUGAUACUCUGUUUUUCAUCUUUGAUAAUCUGGAAACAAUUAAUACUGCUUUAAGAAGUGGAGAUCUUCCACUAUCCCUUUCCAGAGCUACACGUGAACAGUUACAAUGGACACGUGAUGGAAUUCCUCCACUCUUUAAAGAUGCUUUAAUGAUAUUCAAGCCAUUAAAGCAACUUCAAUUAUGGCUGGAAUCCAACAAGUCCAUGGGUGCUUAUGCAUUCCUGAUGAUACAACAGUGCCAAGGGAUGUUGGAUGAAAUGGCAGGAAGAUUAACGCCAGAUGGUGAAGAGAUUCUCCGAUCAAUCACUACAAUAUUCAAAAAUGAUAUGAAAGAAUAUGGUAGAAUUGAUUUGCUUCGGUUUGCUUUCGGCUUUACACCGUUAGCAAGGAAGAUCAUCAGAGACAAGAAGGGUUUUGGAGGAAAGACAAGCUAUCCACCUAUAAUGCAGUUGAAAGAUGUGCAAGUCCCAACGAUUCCUUCCCUGAGGAUCAUCAAUCGCGAGAUCACAUUUGAGAAACUCGGCGAAAUCCUUGAAGAAGAACGAACAGAACGUGUUGACGAGGUAGCCGAGCAUGAUGAAGAGAUCCAGCAAGCAGAAGAGGAACAAAUGCUUAACGACGAUCAUGCAGCCGAAACAAAUGCCGAUGGUUCGAGGAAUUCCUUGGUCUGGGAUGUU